CAUCAACGUCGUCAUCUUCCUUCCUUCCUCAUCAUCAUCAUCGUCAUCAUCCUCAUCUUCACCAUCCGGCCUGCUGAGCUGGAGUGUGCAGCGGCACCAGACACACCAUGGCGGCCAACCUGGACAAGGAAGCGUACUACCGGCGGAUUAAGCGACUCUACGGCAACUGGAAGAAAGGAGAGGAUGAGUUCGGGAAAGUCGACGCCAUCGUGGUGUCGGUCGGCGUGGACGAGGAAAUUGUCUACGCUAAAUCCACGGCCAUACAAACGUGGCUUUUCGGUUACGAGGUGACGGACACGAUCAUGGUCUUUUGCGAGAACAAGAUCCUCUUCCUCGCCAGCAAGAAGAAGGUGGAUUUCCUCAAGCAGGUUGCCAUAACCAAGGGCAACGAGAACGCCAACGGCGUCCCGCCCAUCACUCUUCUUACCCGGGAAAAGAACGAAAGCAAUAAGCCCAACUUCGACAAGAUGAUCGAGGCAAUCCGGGGCAGCCGCGAAGGGAAGACGGUGGGCGUGUUCAGCAAGGACAAAUUUCCCGGCGAGUACAUGAAGAGCUGGAACGACACACUCGCGGCGGAGGGGCUGGAGAAGGUGGACAUCAGCGCCGUGGUGGCGUACACGAUGGCGGUGAAGGAGGACGGCGAGCUGGGCCUGAUGAAGAAAGCGGCGGCCAUCACCAGCGAGGUGUACUCCAAGUUUUUUAAGGAGCGCGUGAUGGAGAUCGUGGACGCGGAUGAGAAAGUGCGCCACAGCAAGCUGGCGGAGUCCGUGGAGAAGGCCAUCGAGGAGAAGAAAUACUUGGGCGGUGUGGACCCCUCCACUGUGGAGAUGUGCUACCCUCCCAUCAUCCAGAGCGGGGGAAACUACAGCCUCAAGUUCAGCGUCGUCAGCGACAAAAACCACAUGCACUUUGGCGCCAUCACGUGCGCCAUGGGCAUCCGCUACAAGUCGUACUGCUCCAACCUGGUGCGGACGCUCAUGGUGGACCCCCCGCAGGAGAUGCAGGACAACUACAACUUCCUGCUGCAGGUGGAGGAGGAGCUGCUGAAGGAGCUGAAGCACGGUGUGAAAAUUUGCGACGCCUACAACACUGUUCUGGAGUACGUAAAGAAGGAGAAAAUGGAUCUUGUCGCCAAGCUGACCAAAAACCUCGGGUUUGCCAUGGGGAUCGAGUUCAGAGAAGGGUCCUUGGUGCUCAAUGCAAAGAAUCAGUACAAACUGAAGAAAGGCAUGGUGAUGAGUGUCAGUUUGGGUUUUGCCGACCUCGUGAAUAAGGAGGGCAAAAAAGAGGAGCAGAAGAAGUACGCCCUGUUUGUUGGCGACACGGUGCAGAUCAAUGAGGGGGAGGCGGCCACAGUACUCACGCCGGUCAAGAAGAAGAUCAAAAACGUUGGAAUCUUCCUCAAGAACGACGACGAGGAAGAUGAGGAAGAGGACGGCGACGACGCCGAAGAGUUGCUGGGGAAGGGCGCCCGCAGCGCGGCGCUGCUCGCCGACAGGACCCGGAACGAGAUGACGGCAGAGGAGAAGCGGCGCGCCCACCAGAAGGAGCUCGCCAACAGCUUGAACGAGGAGGCCAAGCGGCGGCUGACUGAGCAGAAAGGCGAGCAGCAGAUCCAGAAGGCGAGAAAAUCCAACGUGUCCUACAAGAACGUUUCUCAGAUGCCCAGAGAGAAGGACAUCAGAGAAAUGAAGAUCUUCAUCGAUAAGAAAUACGAGACCGUCGUCAUGCCCAUCUUCGGCAUCGCGACCCCGUUUCACAUUGCCACCAUUAAGAACAUCAGCAUGUCUGUGGAAGGGGAUUACACGUACCUGAGGAUCAACUUUUAUGUUCCUGGCAGCUCCUUGGGCAGACAGGAAGGGAACAUCUUCCCCAAUCCAGACGCCACGUUUGUGAAGGAAAUCACGUAUCGCGCAUCCAACCUGAAGGCACCCGGCGAUACCUCGGUGCCUUCUACCAACUUGCAGAACGCCUUCCGCAUCAUCAAGGAGGUCCAGAAGCGCUACAAGACGCGGGAGGCCGAGGAGAAGGAGAAGGAGGGCAUCGUCAAGCAGGACUCGCUGGUGGUCAACCUCAACCGCAGCAACCCCAAACUCAAAGACCUCUACAUCCGGCCCAACAUCGCCCAGAAGAGGAUGCAGGGCUCGCUGGAGGCGCACACCAAUGGUUUCCGUUUCACGUCUGUCCGCGGCGAUAAAGUCGACAUCCUUUACAACAACAUCAAACACGCCAUCUUCCAGCCGUGUGACGGCGAGAUGAUCAUCGUCCUGCACUUCCACCUCAAGAACGCCAUCAUGUUCGGCAAGCGCCGGCACACGGACGUGCAGUUUUACACGGAGGUGGGCGAGAUCACCACGGACCUGGGCAAGCACCAGCACAUGCACGACCGCGACGACCUCUACGCCGAGCAGAUGGAGCGCGAAAUGCGCCACAAGCUCAAGUCGGCCUUCAAAAACUUCAUCGAGAAGGUCGAGACGCUGACUCGAGAAGAGCUGGAGUUCGAGGUUCCUUUCAGAGACCUCGGUUUCCAGGGCGCCCCCUACAGGAGCACCUGCCUGCUGCAGCCUACCUCGAGUUCACUCGUCAACGUUACGGAAUGGCCGCCGUUCGUGGUGACUCUGGACGAGGUGGAGCUGGUCCACUUUGAGCGCGUGCAGUUCCACCUGAAGAACUUUGACGUGGUCAUCGUCUACAAGGACUACAACAAGAAGGUGACCAUGAUCAACGCCGUGCCUGUCAACUCCCUGGACCCCAUCAAGGAGUGGCUCAAUUCGUGCGACAUCAAGUACACGGAAGGCGUCCAGUCCCUCAACUGGACCAAGAUUAUGAAGACCAUCGUCGACGACCCCGAGGGCUUCUUCGAGCAAGGAGGCUGGUCCUUCCUGGACCCGGAGAGCGAGGGGAGCGGCGCCGAAGAAGACUCCGAGUCCGAGAUGGAGGACGAGACCUUCAACCCCUCUGCGGACGAGACGGAAGUUGAAGAGGAAGACAGCGAUGAAGACUACAGCUCCGAGACGGAGGACUCUAACUACAGUGCGUCGCUGGGCAGCGAGGAAGAGAGCGGCAAGGACUGGGACGAGCUGGAGGAAGAGGCCCGCAAAGCCGACAAGGAGAGUCACUAUGAGGAUGAGGACACGUCCAACAAGAAGAGAAAGAACCGCUCGUCGACACUGCCGCCGCUCAAGAAGAAGAGACGGUCGUAAACGUCCGUCUGGCACCGGCCAAGCCCCGCCCCCGCCCCGACUGGCUCACACGAUCGGUGUGUAGACGUAGAGGUCGCCACGCCACGUCGUCACGGUGACGUACCAGCAAAACUUCAUUUUCUCUUCAUUCCUCAUCGGUCUGCAUUGUGUGUGUGUGCGCGCGUGUAAGAAAUUUGCGUUUUUAUCGCAAAUGUUUCUGUUGGCCCCGAGAGGAACGCGCGACGCGGCGCCUGACGACUGUUUUAUGAGGAGUCUCCCUCGUCGCAGUCGAGGACGUUCAACUUAUUUUGUUGGGCGGUGGGUGUUCUUUUGUUUUUGUUUUUAAUGAGUUUUGUGAACACACACACACACAGUCUGCCUCCUUUGUCUUUUCCGAGUAGAUGUUUGUUGUACUUAAUUCUAAAAGUCCAUUUUUUUUUUUUUGUAAUAAAAUAAAAAGUAAGAAACUUU